AUGGAGGACUGCCUUCACACCUCCUCCGAAAACCUCUCCAAGCUGGUAAGCUGGGCCCACAGCCAUGGGACCAUCUGCAGCCUCAUCCCCAACCUCAAGCACCUGCUCUCUGAGGGGGCCCACGGCAACCUGACAGCCAUGUGGGGCUGUAGCGCUGGCCAUGCCUACCACUGGCCCCUGGCCGCCACUUGCCGGGCCGGCUCCCAGGAGCGCGUCUGCUUCCAGGACAGCCGCAGCUUCAACUCGGACAGCCCCAGCAUGCUGGGGGUGCCCUCGGAGGCACAGGCCAGCCCCCUGGAGCGCUACCCGGGCCGGCCGGGGAAGGCCAAGCUGGACUGCACCCGCACCCGUGACUCCUGUGACUUCUCCUACUGCAGUGAGCCAUCGGAGCUGGGCGAGCCCGUGGAGGAGUACGAGGAUGAGGCCACCCUCUUCGACAUGGUCUGUGAGUCCUCUACUCGCCAGCUCCCUCAGGACCUGAGUGCAGACAGUGCUGGCUUUGCUCUUCCAGCUGAGCAGGAUGAGAGAGCGGCAGAGCUCAGCAGGGAGCAGAACGAGAAGACCAUUCGCAGCACGCAGACAGCUCUCCGCAAUUUCCCGUAUUCAACUAAGCUCAGCAAGUUUCCCGUCUUUAAUUUUGGUGACGACCUCAAGUACCUGUGUAUCAAUGCUGUGAGCCCCAACACCACCAAGGCCACCCUCUAUGCUCUCAACGUGUGGAGAUACUGGUGCAUGACCAAAGGACUCGGAGAUUACAUGGACAUCACUAAGAUCCCAGCAGUGAAGCUCAAUGAACUCCUGGAGGACUUUUACAUCACCGUGAAGAAAACAGAUGGGUCUGACUUUCUAGCCACGUCCCUCCACGCUAUCCGACGAGGCCUGGACCGGAUCCUCAAGAAUGCUGGUGCUGGUUUCUCCAUCACCAGCAGCACCUUCAGCUCUUCCACCAGAAAGCUCAAGGAGAAGCUCAAGGUUCUGAGCAAGGCUGGGAUGUCUGGUGCCCGCUCUCGCAACAUUGUCUACUUCUCCCUUUCUGAUGAGGAAGAGAUGUGGAGGAUGGGAUGCCUGGGAGAUGACAGCCCCGUAGCCCUGCUGUCCACGGUGGUGAAAUACAACAGCCAGCACCUGAACAUGCGAACCUUACAGGAGCACGUGGACUUAAUGUUUGGCGACAUUGAAUUGCUCAAAGACUCUCAGAACAGGCCGUUUUUUGCCAGAACAGAUAGCAUGAAGCAAGAAAGCAGGGUGAAUGCGAACAGAGCGUGUUACGGCCAGAUCUACCACGAGCACUCGAAAGGGCACAAGCUCUGCCCAUACUGCCUCCUCUACAAGUACAUGUUCGUACACCGGCCCCCGACGCAGAUGGAGGCCAAGUCUCCCUUCUACCUGACGCCCCGGAAGGAGGUCAGCGGCAUGGGGAACAUCUGGUACAAGGAGCAGAGGAUGGGGCUCCGCUCCCUCAGGGGUGUCGUCCCCAAGCUGGCGAAGAAAGUGAAGCUGGAGCACUGUGAAAAUUUUACUUUUGUCUCCUUCACUCAGGCUUCCAGGAAGUUUGAAGUUUGCCCCUCUUAA